CUGAGAGCCGGCAUUAAUUUGUUGUUAUUACUUGAGAUUUUACAUAAUAACUGAUACAAUAUAUUUGUUGUGGAUUUAAGUAUUUUAUAAUCAACUUAAAAUGCUGAUGCGACAUUGCAUGAUGGCAUUAAGGGCCGCCAGAUCCCAGACCUCGAUGAAUAUUACCAGGAAUCCGCAGAACAAUUUCCUGCACCGUUUUCACAGCAGCAAAGCACCUGCCAUUGGAAUCGUGGACUACGACGUGGUAAAGAAGUUGCACAGCGAGCCAGAGAAGCUCCUGAUCGAUGUCAGGGAGCCGGAGGAGCUUAAGGAGACCGGACAAAUCCCCGCCAGCAUCAACAUUCCGCUGGGUGUGGUAAGCCAGGAAUUGGCCGCCAGUGAGCAGCUAUUCAAGUCGAAAUACGGUAGGGAGAAGCCUAAGGCGGAUACGGAAAUUAUAUUCCACUGCAAGAUCGGCAAGAGGAGUCUCAAAGCCGCAGAAGCCGCCACUGCCUUGGGUUUCAGAAACGUAAAGAAUUACGAGGGAUCCUGGCUAGAUUGGGCCAAAAGAGAGGGUCUUCCCAAGUAAAUUAUAUAUAUGAAAUAUAAUUGGCAUAUUA